AUGGCUCCCUCUACGCGCUGGCCAGCGCCCAUUCACGUCUUCUCCUACCGCGUACUCCUCGUGGUGCCGAUCCUCCUCGCCAUCGCCACUUUCGCCCUCCUCUUCAUCCAUUCCGACGUCAACGUCGCUCUGUUGUACUCGCAAUGCCAUGCUCACUCACGUAUUCCGGCCAUCAGCCGUUUCCCAGUACUCGGCACGCCCAUCUGCUUCGCCAUCAGCUUCUUCCAGAGCGCGAUCGACUCGUCGCGUACCUUUGCCAGCAUGUCUGCUAUUCUGUCCUUCAUUGCCGGUUUGAUGACAGUUACCACUGUUGAGGCUGCGCGCAUUUGCAACGCGCCGAAUAUUCUCAUCGCCAAUCCUACUGGGCCUUGGUUGGUGUUUAACCUGCUUGGCGGCGCUGUAGUUUGGGAGCUUGUCAUUAUUCCCGCCUUCCUUCACCGCUCUCGCUCCAUCUUCCUUGCAAGACAGAAAGCAGGCCAGGAGGCUGUUGAGAGUGCCGCCUCCAAGGACCCGGAUUUUGGCAAGGAUUCGCGUCAUCUCAAAGUCGAUGCCGAGAUCGUUGCCAUCCCUGUUAGCGUGGCCUGGGGUUUCAUUGUCCCUGCUAUCCUGAUGCUCAUCUAUAACUCACCCAUUACUAUCGCCAUCUGGCUCUUCUUCCCUGUCUGGGUUUCGAUCAUCCGCCAAGCCGUUCGAUGGGCUGUUCUGCGUCUGCAAAAGCGCCAACAUCGCAGCUUCCACCUCGAGUCACACACGGUUUCUCUUCUUCUCGUCUAUUUGGUUCCCAUGGUCUGCUCCAUCGUCUCUCACGUGUUCCUUAUCUGGAGUUUGUUUGAGAAAGAUGACAGAAAGGAGAUGACCCGCGCCACCGUCAAAUUUAUCGAGAUCGAUGCGACGUUCAUCGGCCUGACUGUCCUCUACUGGCUUUUCGUGGAGGCGGGCUGGAAGGUGGCGGCAGUGACUGUUGCCGCUGCCAUUCCCCUUGGCCCCGGUGCAGGCAUCUGUGUAGGAUGGAUAUACCGCGAUGGUGAAAUUCGGGAACAUCUCAAGCACUGGCUUUCCAGAGAGCCUAGUGGCCAAAACAACAGCGAAGAGGGGAGAACUGCUACCGACGAGGAAACACCUCUGCUGCGGUAG